GGUUUAUAAUAUAGCUCGACGAUCAAAGUGAGUAGUUGAUAUUCGAUACCGCAUCGUUGAGCAGAGAGCGUUGGGGAGUGGAACUUGGAAGGAAAGAUGGGAGUAACGAAGGAGGAGGUUGAAGCUACCUUGACUUCAAAAUUGAACCCUUCUCGCAUCGAAGUAACUGAUACAUCUGGAGGUUGUGGUGCAAGCUUUGAGAUUGAGAUUGUAUCAGAACAGUUUGAAGGGAAGAGAUUGCUGGAAAGGCAUCGGAUGGUGAACACUGCAUUGGCAGAGGAGAUGAAACAAAUCCAUGCACUCUCAAUAAAGAAAGCUCUUACUCCUGCACAGUGGAAACAGCAACAAGAGUCGAACAGUACUCAAUCUGCAUAGUGGCCUUUUAAAAUAUUUCAGAUGUUGAGAGGAAGACAUCUAAGUGCAUAUUGUUCUACAGCUAAUUACAACUUGUAUAAGAAGUUUUAACAUUUAUGCAUCACUUUUGUAUUAAAUCAUUUAUCUUACCUAAUUACUGCUCAAAACUUUUUGUUUUAGUUCUACUGGUGGAUUGUUGUUGAUCUUAAAUUACUUUUGCAUGUGGGUGAGCAUUUU